GAAAGAGACAGUUUGAUCACCACAAUCAUUUCAGAGACUUAACUCUUAGGCACAAUGUGUGACUUCGAUUUAUCUGAAGUACUGGAGUGCUCACCUGAGUCCAGAUUUCCCUCCUGUGACAUGGAGGAAGUAAAGAGUGAGGUCUUUGAGCUCAGCGAUUCAUUGGACCUGGUGGUUGCUCACAACAGGAAGACCAUGAAGAGCAUGGCUAACCUGGUGCUCACUGUGAACAAGCUGAGGAAGUCCCUGUCUCAGUGUGGCAGAGACCUCAGCGAUGACCAGCUCUGCAGCGCCAUCAUGGACUGUGUGGUGGAAGAAACCAUUUUUCAGAAAGGCUGGAACUCCUCCAUGGGAGAGAGAAAACCUACCUUCCAGAGAAUCAACAGUGGGAAGCAGAUCACGCUGUGUGAUAUUUACCAGAAAAAUCUCAUCCAGAAUCCAAGAGAUUUUAAGCUGCAGGCCGUCACUCUGAGAGGUGGAUACUGUGAACGCAAAGUGAACCUUGGAAUGUCCAGCUACGCACCUUACUGCAGCUCCACAAUUGACUCUUUGACUGUUCUCUUAUCAAUCACGAAGGACCUGCACAUUUCUUGCUCUUUGAAGGAUGAUAAAGUUUUGCUGACUCUGGAGAAAUACAGUAACGAGGAUUUACAGGAGAUCAGCAAGGAUCAAAACAUGGAUCGCUUCCUUUUCAUCAAGAGUACCAUGGGUUUAUCUCUGACCACCUUCGAGUCAGUGAAGUACCGUGGCUGGUUCAUCAGCACUUCCUAUGAGGACAGUGACCAGACAGUGGAGAUGUGCCAGGCUGCUGUGCCAGGCCGUGUCACCUCCUUCAACGUCCUCUAGAGUACUGCUUAGCAGUAUGUACCAGUACUUCACCACUAGAUGAAGCAAUAUUCUACUUAUUUCAUGAGCUUGCAGAUGAGCUAUAAAAAUAACUUAAACUUGAAAAGAAUACUUUGUUGUCUUUGUUUUCUCUGGCAGGAAAACAUGUACGAGGAUAUUCUUAAAAUAAUUUUGUAAUGCAUUUCUUUAGACUAUGGUCUUACUUAUAUAUGUUUAUGCAUUUGGCAGACACUUUAAUCCAAAGCGACCUACAAAUGAGCAUAUUACAGUACAGUUAAUGUCAACUCAAACAAUAAGCUUCUUAGAAGGACAACCAGUAGUCAGGUUCCGUAAGAGGUGACCGGUACAUCGGCACUCUGUAGAAAUAGAGCACAGGUAUACAGGGAGGUGCAGAAAGAGGUGGGUUAGGAGAUAUUCUCUGAUGAGCUGGGUCUUCAAGACUUCUUGAAAAUAGACCAUGUUCUGGUACCGCUCGGUAGGCCUUUUCACCAUUGUGGAAUGACCCAUAAGCUAAAAGAGCUGUUUAAAAUCUUUUCUGGUUUGUUUGAAAUUAAAGUUCUUCUUUCACAGUUAAGAUCUAUAAGACACUUCUUGUUAUUGUUGUUGAAUAUAAUAAAACUUUAUAUUGAUAUGAGA